CACUCCAGAGUUUAUACUGGGCUGUCAAGGUCUGCCUGUAAGGUUGCGAAUAAAGUGAUGUUUCUUUGUUGAUAACCAGUCAGACUUACAUUUUUUGUUGUCUGCGUUAUUAGUACGUAGUGUACCAGACAAGUGUUGCACGGUUUGUUUUAAAGUGUUUUCAUCCGUUUUCGCUGUCUACCAGAUUUUUUAAAACGAUGUGUUCUGUAACUGAAGCCGGUUUUUCCAGUGAAGAAGUGUUGGCUCUCCGUUUUCCUUUGCACAGAGCUUGCCGAGAUGGGGAUAUUAACGCUCUCUGCUUAUUGUUAGAGCAUGCUACCGGCUCCGAUCUGAGCGCCGAGGAUUCUUUUUACGGUUGGACUCCUCUUCACUGGGCUGCGCACUUUGGCAAGCUGGAGUGCAUUAUGAAGUUGGUGCAGACUGGUGCUGCAGUAAAUACCAUUACAACGCGCUUUGCCCAAACCCCAGCUCAUAUUGCUGCUUUUGGUGGACAUCAGGAAUGCUUGCUGUGGCUAAUUAAAGCAGGAGCCAACAUCAACAGGCAGGAUUAUGUUGCUGAAACACCUAUACAUAAAGCAGCACGAUCUGGGAGUUUGGAUUGUGUAAAUGUGCUUCUGUUGCAUGGAGCUGAAAUAAACUUGAAAAGUAGCAGUGGCCUGAGUGCAGCAGAACUUGCUUAUAACCAAGGAUUCCAGGAGUGUGCUCAGUUUCUCUUGAACGCACAGAAUCAUCGAUUAAGUGGUUCGUUUAUCAAUGGGGUGCAAAAUGGGGGUCACCAGAAUAUGCUGUUCACAAGUCCAGUCGGUGUAAUUGCCAGCAGAAAAAGAACACUUGGAGAUGGGGACCACAAUGGAGUAAAGAAAGCAAGAACUGAUGCUUGCCAUUUUGAAGUUUUGAUGGCAAAAAUGAAUGGAAGACUAGAAGAACCUGUUGAGAACAUGAGCGUGGAAACUGAUUCCCCAAAUAUAUCAGAUGUGGUUUGCAGUAACUACACGUGGACUAAUGGAAUGGAUGUCUCCGAACAAUUAGGUAUCACCCCUUCAGCACAGAUCAAUGGAACAGCAAUCAACAGAAAUUUGUCAUCAAUAACAAAUGAGAGUUUUUCAAAUGGAAUUGAUUUCUGUAAUGGUAUGUCAGAACCAAAUGUAAGCAGCCCAGAGUCCAAGAAUAUGAGUGGUGGUUUGCACCACAAUGGAAGCCCAAGCAGCUGUGUGACACUUAAGCCACUAUGGAUGCCGUCAUCCUCUGAUGGGGAUAAUUAUGAUGAGGCCUGGCAUUAUGGACAUUAUCACGGUUUUGGAGAUACUGCUGAAUGUAUCCCAGAGCUUAACAGUGUAAUCGAACAUUCCAGUUCUGUUAAAAUAGAACAGAAAUAUGAUAGUGCUGUGUACAAUGCAAUGCACCUGUUCCAUGGUUCUUAAAAUUAUUGCAGCAGUACUGACCUUAAUGUCAGAGUUAUUCUUUCAGACCAUUUUUUGUUAUGUCAUUUUAAAGUUACAAUGCCAAGCUUUUGUGCAUUGUACUGUAAUUGAACAUUGUUUUUUUUAUAUCUGAAAUACAUUUUUUUCUCAUCAUUUCUAAAAUGACAGGAUUUUUUUAUGCACAGCUAGUUUCCACCUACAACAGGCUCUUCAGAGCGUAUAAUUUUGUACUGUGUUUUCAUAAUUUCAUAAGUUCACAUUCUUUAGAAGAGCAAAAACAAGUAACUUAAUACUAUGUUAUAGUACCGAAUGUAUAGCUCCAUUUGAAGAAAAACUGAAGAAGUUUUUUGAAAGGUUGUUACCGGCAUUAUUUAAUUAAGGAGUAUGUUUGUAAAGCUGUAGUUCUUUCCUUUUUGUUUGUUUUCAGGCAGUUGCAAUGUGAUGUAAAUUACUUUUUCAGGAAUUUAUAACUAAAGAACACAAUUUUGCAAGCA